UAUCUAUCUAUCCACCUACCUACCUGCCUAUCAAUCUGUCUGUCUGCCUAUCAAUUCUAUUAUAGCCAUUCUAUAUCUAUAUCUGUCUGUCUAUGCAUAAUGUGUUCUACAGAAAAGAGAGCAGUGAAAUAAAUUCAUGCAAUUUGAUAGGACUGGGGUUAAGGUUAGCAUUAGUAGCAUUGUGUUUUUGUCAUCUGUCAUGCAACUGCAUGUAACUGGCCACAAAGGUACAGAGAAUCCUCUGAAGGUCUGUUAGGAAUAUUCUUUUUCUGUGCAUCCACAGAGUAGCUAGACAUUUUGUUAUCAUUAAUGUUUGCUUUAAUACACAUGUGUCAUAACAAAUUCAUCCUCUGAAAAGCCAGCUGCAUUCGAGAAAGAAAUGCUUCACUCUCACUGAGACAUAUUGUCCACUUUGAUAGCUCAGAAUGAUAUCAAAUGCCCCUCUGCUGCCUCAGUUGAAAUGGAACAAAAUAGGCGGUGGUCUAUAAAAAUGAAGUUAGACGUAAGUACGGCACUCACAUCUUUGAAAAAAACCCUUUCCUGUUGCAUUUUGUAGUCGUCAAUUGGUCCGAGCAACUUGCUCUAAUGCAGGUAAUGGAUCCACUGUGGUCCUUUCAUCUUCGGGACCAUGUGCGGGAGAUGGGAGAGAAACCCUUCUGGAGGAGGAAACAACUCUAACACACAUAAGGGCGAGGGAAAGCAAACCUAAGCUAAUUCUCAAUAGUGCGGUUCGACUGAAAUGUUGAGGAAAUCGAAGAUGUUUUAACAUAUUGCGUAGAUCUGUGAAAGCCUCAGACAGCAGACAGCUGGAUGAAUGAUGCUUUGGUCAUUCAUAUUUCAUCUAUAAUACUCAAGUAUUUUUAAGAUACCAUUUACAUUUAUUCACUUAACAGACUCUUUUAUCCAAAGCAGCUUAUACAACAAGCAUGUCUGUAAUUGUAUUUCAUUUGUCUUGUAUUAUCACUUUAAUUAGACGAACAUGUGGAAGAACUCCACAAACAUUUGAUAUCCACUGUGGGUAUUUUAAAUUUGUGGUUCAUGUAAAACAGAGCACAAUUUCAUAUGUUUAGAUUGUAGCAGAACAUGAAAGUACACACAAUAAAUUUCAAAUUUUGUUUUGAGAAUUUAAUUGUUCCAUGCUAGGCCCGACAGCAAUCCAGAUUUUCCGCUCGGCCUCUUCCCAACUAUAGGGUGGUUAGUGGUGCCCGCUCAAUGGAAAGCCUCCAGUCAUCAGGAUUUGUAGAUAGUUCUGUUUCUUCAGCAGAUUCCAAAAUCACAAAACUAGCCCUAGCUGAUUGGCUGUGUUUUUGCCUGUUCUUUUGUUUCAGAGCUCUGCUCUGGUCUUUCCCCUGUUCUCUCUAUUCACCCGCUAAACGCUAGUGCUAAGAGCUGCUGGAAAGCUGCCUGUACAGCCAUUAUAGGGCCCUGGCGUAUUUUAUUAAGACUUCAUUAAGGGUUUUGGUAAAGUCUGUCUGUAGGUGCAGGAUGUACAGCUUCAUGGGAGGAGGGCUGUUUUGUGCUGGAGUGGGCAAUAUACUCCUGAUUGUUUCCACAGCAACAGAUUAUUGGAUGCAGUACCGUCAUUCAAACAACUUCAUGCAUCAGGGACUGUGGAGAUACUGCAUGCCGGGAAAAUGCUUCACACACACCGACAGCAUUGCAUACUGGGAUGCUACACGAGCGUUCAUGAUCUUGUCUCUGUUGGCCUGCUUCUUUGGCAUCAUCCUCGGUAUUAUGGCCUUCAUCCACUACUCUUCCUUUGACAGGUUUGAUAAAACCUUUGCUGCAGGCAUUCUGUUCUUCAUCUCAUGCUUUUUUGUGUUUCUGGCCAUGGCUGUGUACACAGGAGUUACAAUAAAUUACUAUGGUAAACGCUAUGGUACCUGGAGGUUCUCCUGGUCUUACAUCAUUGGCUGGGUGUCUGUUGUGCUCACUUUCUUUUCAGGUAGUUUCUAUAUGUGUGCAUACCGGAUGCAUGAAUGCCCCAGAAUCUCCAAUCCUCACUAGAAGACUGGGCUUUAUUAUCACCAAUAUUGGAAGCCGCUUUAGUACCAAAACAACAUUAGGUCAUGGAAAAAAGAAC